AUGGCAACCUCGCCCCCCAGCAGCACGCUCCCUUCGAGGGCAGCGACAGGCCUGAGCGCAUACAGCGAGGAUAACGCCUACGACUACGAUACCACAAGCACAGCCGGUCUUCUGGCAGAACGCCUGCAAGCAUGGAAGCAUGCUGUUGGAUAUCUCGAGGAGUUCAUUGGGGUCAUGGAGAAACUCCAUGGCAAGCACGCCAAGGAGUAUGAGCGUGCUCUCAAGACCAUCUCGAACCCAUUGAGGGAGGGCCACCACUUUGACCAGAGUCUCGGCGGUCUCGCCGGUUUCUUUGAGAACCUGCGCGCAAAUACGCAGUCACUGAUUAACACGAAUAUGGAAACGGAAAAGGCCAUUAAGAGUUCGGUCCUUCCCGUCCUCGAUCGUCUUCACAAGGAAAUCAAGGCCAAGUCCAAGGAGCUUGCCAAUGGUGCUAUCAAGGGGGCCAAGGAGGUUGAGAAGCUCCGUGGCCUCACCCAGAAACAGAUUGAGUUCCUCGGCCAACAGACGGCAGCGUAUGACGCGGUUAGUGGCAAGCUCAACUCGAUUGACGAUCCAUACGUACUUCGCCGAGGAGUCCUCUAUCGUCUCACCGCGCAGUGCUCUGCUGAGAACAACCACCACAAUGACCUCGUUGUUGUGCAGCACAACUUUGCGACCUUUGAGGCGCGCAUCAUUUCCAUCAUUCAGCAAGCGAUGGAGCAAUUCACCACGAUUUGCGGUGGGCAGGCAGACAAGACCCGGGCUCUGCACACUGACAUGCUGAACGCGAUCCAGCAUGUGCCGCUAGAGUUUGAAUGGGCCAACUUCACUGUCCGCUACGCCGAGCGUCUCGCUCAGCCCAACGAGCCGCCUCGCUCCAUUGACCAGAUCUCCUUCCCUGGCCAGGCACACGAGUCGACAGUUGCAGUGAAAGAAGGCUCGCUGGAGCGAAGAUCGCGAAACAAGCUCUCUUGGGGCUACACAACCAACUACUACGUCAUCACAAAAUCCCGCUUCCUGCAUCAAUUCAAGGAUUCCGAGAUGAUCAAGGACGAGCCAAAGCCAGAGCUGAGUCUCUACCUUCCCGACUCCGUUGUCGGCUUGCCAACCGGUGACAAGUUCACAAUCAAGGGCAAGGACAGGAGCAGGACGGUGAGCAGCAAGCUCACUGGCACAGCCGAGAUCAACUUCAAGGCAUCCAGCGCCGAUGAUGCCCAGAAGUGGGUUCAGGUCCUCUCGAGCCUCAUCGUCGCUCCAGACAAGGAGAGCCCCGCAACACCUGGAGCAGCAACGCCCACGUCAGCAAAGUCCGGAUCGCCCAAGGCCCAGAAGGAGGCAAUCACUCCUCCACCGGCAGCGAGCCCCGUCGACUCGCAUCAGGCGCAGGAGGCGGGCGUCACAGAGGCUCCCGCAGCAUCCGCUAAGCCUGCCGUGGCUGCAGACUCAAAACCGGCUACUGCAGAUUCAAAGCCUUCUGCAGACACAAAGACCCCUGCUGCGCAGAAGGCGGUGGACACCAAGUCUGAGCUUCAAUAG